AUGAGACUCAUUACCAUUGCGUCUGUUCUAUCAGCUGCGUCGUUUGCUUGGGCGUUUCCGACGUCGACGUCGUCUGCUGCAGCGGCUGCGGGCUCGCAGAUUCGGACUGACCAGGACCCGGUGUAUCAUUUUUACAUUCAAAGCACACCAGUUGAUGGCGCUCCUGUGCUAGGCCCCGAGUCGAGUUCUGGAUGGUUUAACAUUGGAAGCACGGUCCAAGACACCAACUCGUCGUUAUUCCUGAACGUCGACAUGUCCGCUACGACAUCGUACAAGCCACUGACGCUGGAUGAUACUGCAACGACAACGACGUGGUCGAUGAGCGGGGACACGAUCAUAGCCAGCGGUCAACAGAACUUUGUUGUCUGCCCGAGUGAUAAUUCCUCGCUUUUAAACUUUUUCCUGCAGACUGGGAACGACAUGCCGUCUUCGACGUGCACGGACUGGAUUACGAUUCAUCUUCCGUGCUUGUGCUGA